AAGAAAAGAGAGAGAGAGAGAGAUAGAGAGAGAGAGAGGUGGGUUUGAGGGUCAGAGUCCAGACAAAAGGCAUCGAGAGUCGGCGCCUAUGUCCCCGCCGACCAAUCAUCACGUCCUUUUGCUUUUCCUCCACCUCCACCACCACCACCAUUACCACUUCUUCUAAAUCUUCCACAUUAUAUAAAUCCCUCAUCCUCUCUUUUCCACUGUUUCGUUUCUCCUCCCUUUCUUCUUCUUCUUCUUCUUCUUCCUCCUCCUCUCUUCUUUAAACUAUUUUUCUCCUUAAUCGGGUUCUUCCGGUAUAUUUUUUUACCGAUCGGAAGAAGCCCGAAUUUUAUCUCUGAAUUUUCUGAUCCAACUAGGGUUUCUAUUUUUUUUUAUCUGUUUGUUUUUUAAUUUGUUGGAUUUUUUUUGGGGGUGGGGUGGGGUUCAUUUUUUGUGUGGUUUUAAAAGGCUUAUUUUUUUUUUCGUUAAAAUAUGAGGGGCGUCGUUCAGCAAUCUGUGGUUGAACCGUCUACUGUGAAUUGCGAUGGUGACAAGGAGAAGAAGAAGAAGCGCCGAUCUAAUCGGCGAUCCAAGCAAACCCCUCCCACUUCUGCUUAUUCUAGUUCAGCGAAUGGCAUACAUGGUGAAGCAUCAGAGUGCACUGGUGGAGACGGUAAAACAUGUCCUCAUGUAACUGCAACCUCAAAUAGUUCUUCGUCAAAGCAAUAUGGGUUGGACAUACAUCAUCCGAAUGAGGAUGGAUUAACUGGAGCAUCUAAUGUUGCGUUCUAUUCUAUGCCAUCAAUGCAUAUCAGUGAACAGCCAGACUCCAUGGAGGUGCAAAGCAUACCAAAUCAAUAUGUAUUUGAUUAUGGUAGGAAAGUCUUUUCGCAAUCUUCUCUUGAACGAAUUGCUUCUGGAGGGUCACCUGGGACAUUUACAAACAAGGAUUUGUUUCCUUCCCCUCAUGUUGAGGGUUAUCAAAAAAAAUAUUUUGAUCCAUACUGGUCCAUGGAGGCUGUUGAUGAGGCAUUAAAGAAAGGUGAUGCUUUUAAAGCUGUGUUUCGUGUCAAUGCUUACAAUAGACUCGAGGCUUAUUGCAAAAUUGAUGGGGUUCCAACAGAUGCUCUAGUUAGUGGAAUUGCUGCUCAGAAUAGAGCUGUGGAAGGAGAUAUUGUUGUGAUCAAGAUUGAUCCUUUGUCAUUAUGGACCAGGAUGAAGGGGUCAACUGGGAUAUCUAACAAUUAUCCACCAGUGGAAGAUUGUAACGUACUCUUGGAAGAUAGGGAGAUUUCUAGUGACAGCUGCAAAGGUAAAGGUAAGGUAGAUGCCGAAUGUAAGCAUGCCCAUCACAGAAGUUGUCCCUUUCCUGAGAAGGGGUUUUGUUAUGGGGACAGCAAUUUCACUGAAGAAACUGUUCACGUAGACCCAAUUGGGCCGGCUAGUUGUAAUCUUGUCAGUCCAUAUCUUGCUGCUGCGUUUGAUUCGUCACAUGCAGAUUUUUCUAGUGGGCAGAAUGAACUAAACACUGCACUGGGAAGGAUGUGUGCUUUAAUUAGUUCAUUCCCUUCAAAACGACCAACUGGCAGAAUUGUUGCCAUAAUUGAGAUGUCUCCUCGUCGAGAUGCUGUUGUGGGUUUUCUUAAUGUUAAGCAGUGGCUUUCUUAUCGUGAAUUAUGCGGAAAGGAUGCAAAGAACAACAAAACUUCAUUGCCAUUAUCGAACCGUGAGUACAUUCACCUGACACCAACUGACCCUAAAUUUCCAAAAAUGAUGGUCCUCGUGAAUGGCAUGCCAGACUGCAUUAGAAAAAGAUUAGAGAAGGGUGAUUUGACAGUUGAAAUGGAGCUGGUAGCUGCAAAAAUUGCUGAGUGGGAUGAAGAAAGUCCUGUUCCUCAAGCCCACAUCUUGCAUAGUUUUGGACGUGGAAGUGAAUUAAAGCCACAGAUCAAUGCAAUUUUUUUUGAAAAUGCAAUUCCUUCAUCUGAAUUUUCUCCUGAAUUACUAUCGAGCCUUCCACGUUUUCCAUGGGAGGUGCCACAAGAGGAAUUUGAAAGUAGAAUAGAUCUUAGAAAUUUGUGCAUCUUUACCAUUGACCCAUCCACUGCCACUGAUCUGGAUGAUGCCCUCUCUAUUGAAAAAUUGUCCAAUGGCAAUUUCAGAGUAGGAAUCCAUAUUGCUGAUGUAUCAUAUUUUGUUUUACCCGAUACAACCUUAGAUAUAGAGGCUCAGAUCCGAUCAACCAGUGUCUACAUGUUGCAAGGUAAAAUACCAAUGUUGCCCCCAUCUCUUUCAGAGAACCUAGGUUCACUUAACCCUGGAGUAGAUAGGCUGGCAUUUUCUAUGUUCUUGGACAUCAACCAUGGUGGGGAUGUUGUAGACCGCUGGAUUGGCCGUACUGUGAUAAAAUCUUGUUGCAAACUUUCAUAUGAACAUGCUCAGGACAUUAUUGCUGGAAUAAUUAGUGGGGAGAUCUAUAAUGCCCUUGGAAAUGGACAUCCCCAGUUGCAUGGCCAUUUUGAGUGGCCUGAUGUAAUUAGAUGUGUUGAAAGUCUUCAUGAGAUUUCCAAAAUUUUGAAGGAGAAGAGGUUUAACAACGGGGCUUUACAACUUGAGAGCUCCAAAUUUGUUUUUCUAUUUGAUGAAAAUGGUAUUCCAUACGAUACUAUGCUGUGCAAACAGAAGGAGUCAAAUGAAUUGAUCGAGGAGUUUAUGCUUUUGGCAAAUAGGACAGCUGCUGAAAUCAUAUCAAGAGCUUUUCCAAGUUGUGCAUUACUGCGGAGGCAUCCUGAACCUAAUAUGCGGAAGCUUAGAGAGUUUGAAGCAUUUUGUUGCAAACAUGGUUUGGAGUUGGACACUUCUUCUUCUGGCCAGUUUCAUCAGUCAUUGGAGCGAAUCAAGGAAAAGCUUAAGGAUGAUGCUGUGUUGUUUGAUAUACUUAUAUCAUAUGCUUCAAGGCCAAUGCAGUUGGCUACUUACUUUUGUAGUGGAGAUUCAAAAGAUACUGAAGGCGAUUGGGGUCAUUAUGCACUGGCUGUUCCUCUCUACACUCAUUUUACUUCUCCACUGCGUCGGUAUCCUGAUAUUGUUGUACACCGGAUGCUGGCUGCAGCCAUUGAGGCCGAGGAGUUGUAUUUGAAGCAGCAAAGAAUGUUGCAAAAACAUAUUAGGGGAGAGAGUGUGGCAAGAAGAUGCUUCACUGGUAUUCAUUUUGAUAGAGAUGCUGCUGAAUCCCUUGAAGGUAGGGAAGCUUUGUUUGCUGCAGCACUAAAGCAUAGAGUUCCUUGCGCUGAAUUACUUACAAAUGUAGCUGCUAAUUGCAAUGAGAGAGAGUUGGCGAGCAGGCAUGUCAAGGAUGCCUGUAACAAACUCUACAUGUGGGCCCUGCUACGGAAGAAACAGAUGUUAUUCUCAGAAGCAAGGGUAUUGGGUCUUGGGCCAAGAUUCAUGUCCAUUUAUAUCCAAAAGCUUGCUAUUGAGCGGCGGAUAUAUUAUGAUGAAGUUGAAGGCUUGACAGUAGAAUGGCUCGAGGCUACUUCCACAUUGGUGCUUAAUUUAUGUCCUCCUAACAAACGCUCAUCUAGGAGAGGUACCCCUGGUAAAUGGAAGGCACUUGAAGAUGUUGCAUUUGUUGUAAGUCCAUAUGAUCUGGAAGGUGAACUGGGGGUGUUUGGAGGGAGUUCCUAUGAACAAGUAGGAGACACUCUUGUUGCUGCCAAGGAUCUGGAGGCCAUUAGCGAAUUUGACACUUCAAAGUCUGAAGUUGUUCCUGGAUUUUUCCCUUCCACAUUGCAUCUGCUUUCGACAAUUCCUGUUUUACUUCAUCCAGUUGGUGGUGAUGAUGGUCCCAUUGAUAUUGGGGUGAGGCUCUAUAUGACUUCUUAUUUAAGGUAAUUUGGGUGAUUGGAAGUGUCAGGCCAAGUGUUGGGAAGGAUACUUUGAGAAGAUGGAGAUAACAGAGCUUUGAUUGGAAUUGACAAGCACUGUAGAUACAAAAGUAGUGUAUAGUUCCAAUAGUAUUAGAAGAGAAAAUUAUGGUCUAAAUCUGCUGAUACUCUGAAUGUGUGAUGGUAAAACAUCUGGUGGCGGGUGUAGAUACUGGGGGAAGUUUUGUCGUGACUUUGGCUUUUAGUGGCUUUUUUAAAGCAGAAGCUGCCUGCUGGAGUAGGCCCUUGUUUUUGUUGGCCGGUUCCAUCCAAUAUUUUACUUGGUUAACAUCUGCCGUCGUCUGCAGAUUUGACCUUUCAAAAAAAGCCGAAUUCAUGCUGUAUUUUUCCUUUUUGCUCAUUUUCGACUGCGGCCCAAUAGAUUUUUGAUUUUGGGCGGCUAGAUCUAGCAGUAGUUCGAAUCCGGUAUGAUGCUGCAUUUAUAUUGGUAUGUUUGUACUGUGAAAACUGGGUGGGUGGCUGGCUGGCUGUAAAUCCCAGUUUGAAUAACACGUUUUCUUGGGGGGUGAAAAUGGUGACAUGGAAGUGUAAUUCUCUUU